AUGGAGUUUCAUAGCGUCAAACGUGGGCAAGGAAACAUCCCACUGAUGACCACAUACCACCCUCCCUCAGCUGAUGAAUCAGGGCUCCUCCGUAUUGAACAACACUCAGGAAGCACUGAGGAUGGCAAGGACACGAAACGUACUCUGGACAACAUCGCAAAGUAUCGGGGAGAACGGCAUUUGUGUCUCCAAAGACAUUGUUUGAAGAACGAAACAAACGUACAGGGAGAUGUUGACAAAGUUUUAUGUUUUUCUCCAAAAAAAAAUCAGCUGCUUGUGCAGUGGCCUGGGGAGUCCAGCAGAGGGUGGCAUUCUAUCACUUUAAACGUAAGUGGGACAGAGAGAGAGAGAGAGAGAGAGAGACAUGGAGAAAGAAAUCAGCAUGCAUUAGCAUCUGACGAAACUGUAAGCGUUAACCGUCUUCCUGAGGUGGAUACAGUUGAGAAUGAGAGCUGCAAUGUGGCUGCAGUCACAGAGCUAAUUCAGCAGCACAAAGAUUACCUUCACAAACAGAACCAGGAGAUUAGAGUCACUGGAGAGAACAGAAGAAUUUGGAGAUUUCCUCUGGGAGAAAGUCGCAUUAAUGCAACAAUUGUGGCUUCACUGGAUGAGCAGGAACAAGCAGGUGGUGCAUUGAGGAGCAGAUGUACAGAAGGUGGAGAAUUUUGGAGGCAAGCCGAGGGUCAUCUGGAAGAAAUACCAUUAGAUCGUUUACUGGGAAAACAUUGCGAGGAAACUCGACUCUCUGGGACAACCCUCAUUGUUGGACCCUGUGGUUUUGGAAAAAGUACAGUGAUACAGAAAAUUAUCCAUGAUUGGGCGGCAGGCCAGCUGUACCAAGAGAUUAAUGUGAUCUUUCCAUUUAAAGUCCAGCAACUGAAUUCCAUUGAUGGUCAAACCUGCUUAAAUGACCUGGUGGUAGAUUUCUUCCCGCAUUUCACAAACUGGUUACAGUUUCUGUGGAAGGAGCCAGAGAAAAUACUGUUCAUAUUUGAUGACUUGCAUCUGCUGCAGAAAACCAUUGAUUUGAGCCAGCCACCCAGUGGCAACGAUGACGAAUCUCAGAGUUUAGGGCCCGAAGAAUUCUGUGAGAUAUCGCACAUUGUACGUUGCCUGAUAAACGGGCAAUUGUUGACGGGCUGCUCAGUAUUGGGGGCGAGCUCUCCAUGGAAACUGCAGUCUCUUGGAAAUGCUGGGUCUCACCGAGCUGUCGACAUCCUGGGGUUAGGCGCAGACUCCAUGAAGCAGUAUUUCCGACAGCACGCUGCAGCUGGGCAGCCUGCUUCAGAUGUCCUGGAUUAUAUUGAGGAGGAUGAGGCAUUGCGUACCAUGUACCAUAAUCCUCGCUUCUGCUCAGUUCUGUGUUCAAUGCUGAAAGAAGGAAGCCCUACUCCAGCCGCUACAACCAGGACGAUGAUACUUCUCACUUACCUCACUUGUCUUUUGAACAAAUGUUGUUAUGAAGACAUAAUUGCUCACCAUAUGCUUCUGAAAUUGGGUAGUUUGGCCUACUGGGGAAUAUGCACCAAAACUGUUGUGUUUGAAAGAGCCAAUUCAAGCAGUGCCAGCUCCCUAUAUCCAAUUGGAUCUCUGCAUUUAUGAUGGAAAUUCGAGGCAAUGAUGGUGUUAGCUAUGUCUUCAUUCACUCCAUUUUGAAGGAUUUUGUCGCUGCCCUGUUUCAAUCCCAAAAUACACCAGCAGACCAAGUGAUGAAAAUGCUGACUGAAUGGUACAACUGCGCUGAUGACAGAUUUAAGUUCAUUUUACGCUUUUUCAUUGGUCUCUUGUCAGCAAAUACAGCGAAACGGACUUGGCUUUACCAGCGCGAACAACAUUCGCAAUCGGCCUCGAGUGUAUCUGACUGGCUGAGAGAAAAACUCAACAGCUGUAUCCAGAACUUGGAAAGUGAGAGAAUCCAAAAGGGGCUCCUCGAGAUUUUGUACUGUCUGCUGGAAUUUGGAGAUGCAGCGUUGGUGGCGGAUGUCCUAGCUCGAAUGAAGACAAUAAGAUUCACAAAGUGUCCCCUUAAACCAUCUGACCGUAUGGCCCUCUCAAAGGCAUUAAUGACAGUCCAGGAGAUUGAGGAGCUGGAUCUGGAUGCUUGUGGUAUUGGAGACGAGGGAAUCCAUCAGCUGGACCAGGUGCUACAUAAAUGUACAGUGCUCAGUUUAAAAUCCAACAAUCUCACAGAUGGCUGUGUGGAGACCCUAAUCUCUGCUCUCCAUGAAAAUGCUGUGCUGUCAAAACUGGACAUCAGCAACGAUGACCCACAUAGUGACCACGCCAACUGGCUGACCGAUAAGUCUAUUCCUGCACUGCCCCAGUUCAUUCACAGUAACUCACUAAUGAAAGAAAUCAAGUCAGUUUGUUCUUAAAUGCUCAUCAUUUAGAUGCUCUUCCAAGAGAAAGCUUUCUUUUUCUGUAAUUAAUCUGCAUGGAUUCACUGAAUAAAAAGAGAUAAUUGAUGUUGAGAAAAGGCCCGACCUAUCACAGCAGGAACUGAAGGGUACCAGGUGUACUGAAGACCUAAUGCAAGGACCUGGAACACUUUCUCACACAUCUUUGCCGACUCAAACAAUUUUUUACACCAAGCCACAUAACAUACUGAUUAAGACUUCAUUUCCGCUUCUUUGCCAGUAUGUGAUCAAUACCCCGGAAACCUCUCGCAAACAACUACCUUCUCAAUCACAAUUAGGAUGUUUCAAUAGCAUUAUAUGUAGAGCCGUUGGGUCAUACUGCUCGGAAACGGACCCUUCGUCCCAAAUCGUCCAUGCCUACCAGGUUUCUCAAACUGUAUUUUCCCACUUGCCUAUGUUUGGCCCCCCACCCCUCCAAAACCCUUCCAAUCCACAAACCCGCCAGAAUGUUUUAAUCCCUCCACCACUUCCUCUGGCAGCUUGUUCCAUGCGCACUCCACCCUCUGUGUGAAAGAAUUGCCCAUCAGGUGCCUUUAAAUCUUCCCCCUGUCACCAUAAACUUAUGCCCCUCUAGUUUUGAACUCCCCCAACCUUGGGAAAAGAGCUUGUCUAUUCACCGUAUCUAUGUCCCUCAUGAUUUUACACACCUCUGCAAGGUGACCCUUCAGCCUCCAGGGAGGAAUAGAUCCAGUCUGCCAUGCCUCUCCUUAUAACUCAAACCCUCUAGUUUAGUGAACAUCUGUGUACAUUUUCUUUUGCGCCCAACUCGUGUACACAAUGCUUUGCCUGAUGAAGGGGAGGGUGCUAAACCCCGUCUUCCCCACCCUGUCUAUCUAUGAGGCCACUUUGAAGAAACUGCGUACUGGCCAGUGGUGGCCAUUUGUCACCGAUAUAUAACAUUUCCCCCAAAAAGCACACUAAAAAACAAUCAUUUGACAAAAAAAAAACAGAGGUGGCUCAGUGGUGAGCACUGCUGCCUCACAGCACCAGGGACCCGGGUUCAAUUCCAGCCUCAGGUGACUGUCUGUGUGGAGUUUGCGCACUCUCCCUGUGUCUGCGUGUGUUUCCUCCGGGUGCUCCGGUUUCCUCCCACAGUCCAUGGAUGUGCAGGCUAGGUGGAUUGGCCAUGCUAAAUUGCCCAUAGUGUUCAGGGUUAUGUCAAUU